UGAUAGUAUUUAGUUAGAGAAAAUACUAUUACAGUGUUGUUUUAGUUUUCAUGCUGGUGGUACCGGUGGUGGUGGUACAUGUUUAAUGUGCUGGAACACUCAGCUGACAGCAGGAAGUGUAAAUCUACACUUUGACCGGUCCUAAGAGCAUAGAUCAUGCAAGUAAUGGGAGCAUUAAUUUAGAGAGUUUGUGGCUGAUGGUGGUCGCCUGCAAAUUGUUGCAGUAUUUGAUGACAGUAUGGAGUUCUUAACGAUAAUGUUCUGUUUGGUGGUCUUGAGUUUGCUAGCGUACAUAGCGGUAAACCUCGCCGUAACAGACCGGGGCCCACUCCAUGGGCUGUACGCUGUGCCCGGCCGGUGGUUCACGCUGAAGUUCUUGGUCAUGAGGUGUUUCCUUGCAUGGACUAGCGACAGAAAACACAACAUCCGUAAGAGGGCUUUCGAUUGGCCUACGAUGCGGAAGAAAGCCAAAGAAGUGACAGAGAUGGAGCUCUUCAGUGGUCAUGAAAAGGGCCAGAAUUGUUUGUACAUCAACGGAAGCGACAAAGGUGGUGCAACUCGUCUGACAGUCCGGGUGACAAUCCAUCCAGAUGACCGGAGGGAGGUGUGGUUCCUGUUGAGAGUGCCUGGUAUUGGAGACUUGGUUCUACCAAGCCAUCCGGACUGCAUUGUAGACAACGUCCGCCCUGGGGACGGAUUCAACGGAGCCGGACUGACCUGUACUGCCAUCGAUCCUUUAAAAACAUGGAGAAUCUCCUACAAUGGGCUUUGUAGGGUUGGCAUACGUCAAGAAUGGCAUACCGAGGAUGAGAGACCCUCAGUUCAUGUUCGCUGCAGCCUGUUGUGGAGUACCUUCACAACAUUUUAUGAUUUCGCUUCAGACUUCAAUCCCAGUCUUGAAGCGGACGGUCUAGCAAAAGAACAAUGGACUCAAGAAUGGUUCGCCAAGCUCAAAAGCAUGCAGCAGGACCACUAUACCCAGUUUGGUAUGAUCCAUGGAGUUGUUCAAGUUGAUGAUGGAGACGAGACUAAAGUGGUCAUGCGUGGUGUCAAAGAACGUCUCAUAGGUCCUCAACAGUUUGGUGACUUUCAUACUCGUAUCUCAAACUACAUUGUGUUGGAGAACGGUAACUGUUUAUACAUUGAAGCCUCAUGUGAACCUGGAUACAAGUCAAACGAACAAAAAGGCUUUUUGAUGAAAGUGAUGGGUGAGGUCGUCAAUGCAUGCUCUGUCAACCUCCCAUUACCCGUUCUGAUGGAGAAUUCAGAAGAAAUACCCAAUAACUUUACCUUUGACGUCCUUCUUGAGGGUAACAUCGUUGAAUGGGCACAGCCAGACGAUGUAGACUUGGAGGGUGUAGAAUUCAAAGCUAUGGCCAGCGGCUCUCAUACAGUGCUCUCCGAUUUCAUAUAUUUCAGGAAAGACAACUACUUUGGUCUGAGCUGUUUUCAGAAUAUGCAUGUAGACAGCGAGGCGGAGCGGGGGGCCAGAAUGAAAUCUGUAGGCAUCUUGUCCACUUCGUACACCGCCCUCUACAAACACAUGCAGUUUCUGGAAAACCAAGUCAGACACCAAUUAGAGAUCCCAGGUCGCUAUGGUCAGCUGUUAGCGUUCUAUAACGAUCGCAAGGGGUCAUUACCCUCCAUCGAGUCAUCGAGGGACACGUUGUCAGUGUCGUCACCCAUGACAGGAUCCUCGGGGCCAACGCCCAUAACCACACCCAGUUCAGAGUACCUACCCUCCAUGAAGAUCACCCAUCCUGCCGGCUGUUUUGCACAAUUUAUUAAUUUCUUCGGGGAGCAGAUCUUUGUUUUAUGGAAGUACAUCCUUCUCAGGAAGAGAAUCUUAUUCUUCUCUCCACCACCAAUCGGGGUUGUCUGCUACAGAGUGUACUGUGCAUCAUUACUUGGUCAAUACGACGUGUUUAUAUCCUCGGCCAUGGACCAUAAACCUUUCUUUUACAUCAACGUAGCUGACAUUGACACGUUAGAAACAGAAGUCUCAUAUGUUGCCUGUACAACUGAGAAAAUAUUUCAAGAAAAGAAGUCGCUGUACGACGUUUACGUGGACAACCAGAACGUGACGACAAACUCUGCCAAUCUGAAAGCCAUGGGCAAGAUCAACACAAUGGACAAGGAGAAGUUCAACAGACUGAACAAUCAGAGAUGCGCUUCGUUAUUCAAAUCCCAGGAGCACAGCGAAGAUGACAUGGAUGACGAUCAGAUCUUUGCAUCAUUCUUCUUGGAGCAGAACAACCACAUCUUCCAGACCCUCAUGGACGUAUCGGAGAGCCAGGACAAAGCCUUGACCACUGACCACAUGAAAGCCAUGGGGCUGGACCCCAUCGCUGACCGCCAGUUCAUUAUGGACCUUGUGGAACUCUAUGGUAUUGAUGUCAUCCUCAUGGUGGAUAACCCGUGCUGUCCGGUGUGAACCGGUUUAAAUUGACUCAGACCAGUUUGAACUGCUUGGAACUGGAUCAAACCACUGAUUGUAAAUCAGAUGUAAACCCGUUUAAACUGACUCAAACCAGUUUGAACUGCUUAGAACUGGAACGGACCACUGAUCAGGUUAGAACUGGUUUGAACUGACUCAACUGCUUGGAACCAGAUCAGACCACUGAUUUUAAAUCAUGGUUCCUUUUUUUAUUAAAGUCUUUCUAGAAAAUAAUCUUUAUUGUUGAUAACAAAACAAGGAAGGAAUAUUGGUGUAACCCAUUUGGAAAUAACAAAUAAUAUUUACUUGAUGAAGCGUAACAGGAAAGCAAUGAAAUAAGGAACAGGGAUUGUUUUACCAAUCAUGGAGGUGGCUGCUCAAAAUGAAAUAUGUAUUUUUAGUAAAUAAUUUCUAACAAAUAUAUUUAUUGGUGAUAAAAAAGGAGGAAUUUGUUGUUUUGGUGUAGUCCAUACAACAAAAAUGGCUUUAACAAAUAUUUUUAAGAAAACAUGAGAGAGAAGACACGGCCAAGAGGAAAGCAAAGUAAACAAAUACAGGAAAGAGUGAUCCAUUUAAUUUUAAAGUAAAAUUUAAACAAAGUUUUUAAAAUGACAGAGCAGUUCCCCCCCAUUGCGACCUCAAGAUGUACAAAUAAAAUAAUACUUUUUUUUCCACUGCCUAAGAUGUCAGUCACACUAAAGUGGUCUAUGUGUUUUUGUAAAACAGAAAGCAAUGUUUUUUAGUUAUAUCAAAAGGUCAACUUCGAUGAAAUAAACAUUAUCGUUUGUCCGUUAAAGAAAGGUAAAGGAGUACAUACAGAUUACAAGGUGUUGGCAUGGUUGGCUUGUGCGUAAAGCGCUCGCCUCUCACCAAUGUGACCCCGGUUUGAUACCCAGCCAGGGCCAUAAUGUGAGCUGAGUUGUGCGUUGGUUCUCUGCUUUGCCACGAGGGUUUUCCCAGACCAUCUGGUUUUUCUCCCUCGGGGAAAAAAAUCGAACUCUUUCAAUCUUGGCUGUGCUCGGUGGUCAUAAUGGGUUGAUGUGGCUGGCAGCAAGAGGCGCCCUUGCAUGCCUGCUUCUCGAAUACAUUGUAGCCGCGUCUUUCGCACUUUAGCUCUUAGCUGCGAGUAAGGAUGAUUAGCCCCCCCCCCCCCAAAUUAAUUAUUUAUUUUAAUAAUUGAGUAAAAUUCAAUAACAAAUUGUUACAUGAUGUAAAACAAACAAAUUCUGAUCAGUGUUUCUUGGGUUACGAUCUUAGAAGUUAAUUUUAUUCAUUAAAAAACAGGCCUUGGAACUUCACUUUUGAAGGAGCAGACCAAUUUCCCUUUGGUCAGGGGCACCUCUAAAAGGAACAUUUGAAAUUUGUAUUGGAACUUCGCAAAGGGCACCACAGCAAAAAUAAAGGGCACCAUGGCAAUUGCUGUAGGUGCCGUGGGAUACGUCGAGGCCUGAUUAAAGGGAAAUUAAUUUUGUGGUUAUUAAAGGAAUAUCAUUGGAAGUGGAAAUUAUAUCAAUUUUAUAGAUCAAAGAUAAGAAAUAUUAUACCUUGAAAUUGAUUUUAACUUACAAAUGAGUGACUUAAGUGUAACACUCUCUUCAGCUGAUUUGUUUGUUGCAAAUAUUCUGCAAAAAAAUUAUUUAUUUAACAUUAUGUUGCCUCAUUUAAUACGUCUUGUUUAAUACUCACUGUGCAUUAACAAAGAAGAACUAUUUAUUUAUUUUGUUUGACUUUGAAAGUAGUAUCUUAACAAAACAAAGUUAUGUUUAGUGUUUUUAUAUAUUAAAUGUCUACUUUUUGUGGUUAAUUUCUGCCCAGCAAAAUAUAUUGUUUGCGAUUGUUUAAAACAAUUUUCUAUUACUUAAGUCCCCACCCCUUCAAUACUUAACCAAAGAAAUGUUUUGGUGACAUUAUGAUGUCAUUGCACGAGGUGUUGCGUUUUUAAUGUGUGGACUAAACGUCGAGUUACACUGAGCGAUAAACAAUGGUGGUCACGAUCACUUCGCAAAGAGAAUGCAUUCUAUUGGUUGAAUUGCUCCACGCAGAGUACGCACACGCUCAUUCAACCAAUAGAAUGCGUGCUUUUUUGCGCCAUUUUCGCUAUCGCUGCAGUGUGACUCGGCCUUUAGGGUCAGUCAAUAUAAAUUAACUUUAUUAUACUGCAUAAACUCAUUAAUGUAUUUGAUUUCACUGUCCAACUCAUUAUUAACAGCCAACAAGGCCUACAAAAGAAAUUAUUUCUUAGAUACUUGUAGAAAUACAGUUGUUCUUUCCAACGAAAACCUUUCAUGACCUUCCUAGUACCUGUUCUCCUGUUUGUUUAGUCUGUUGCCAUUGAUGUCCACAGUUUCUUAUUUCAAGCCAGGAGGUAGAAAACGAAGGAUUCAUUAUGGGUGCGUUUGAUCAGCUUCCCUGUGCAACCUCGCUGUGCUCAUUCGGGUGAGCCCCUGACAAGAGCUAAUCAAACGAUCACCCACCCUCUCGAUGUGAUGUCAUGCACCUCGGGCCAGCCCUAAGUGACCUGUACCACACGCGGGGCUGACCCGGGCGAGCCCCUGGAAUGACGUCAAAGCUAUUCGAACGCAAGACCAGGGUCAACCCGGGGAAGCUAAUCAAACGCACCCAUUGAUGCAGCUACAUGUACAUGUAAUAGUGUGGUUCAAGAGUGGAUAAAAAGUUACAUCUUGAUGCACUUACUUGUAGGGGGGAAUGUGCAACAAAAAUUGAAAAACAUGUAUUUUAUGAUGAAAUAGAAUGUAUGAAUACAAGUGUAGAUAAAUCAAACCAAAAUUCUGCCAGUAUUUUCAACUAGAUUCAAGUCUUCCCUCUCGAUGGAUAAGUGAUCUUUUGAGUCACAAAUCAAACUACCUUUUCUGAGAAUUUUUGUCGUAGAGAGUUGCUUGUCCAUGUUGGAAAAAACACAAAGAUGAGCAAUUAGAAUCACUGGUAGCUAGAUUUAUAAAUUAAAUAUAUGCAUAUUUAUGUAUGUAAGGAUUCAAAAUUUUGUAAACUUCAGUGUAUAUGAUAUUUUUAUGAAACAAAUCUUCAAGAACCAUGUAAAUACUUUAAAACUAUGUAUAAAAUGGGUAUGUAUAUUGAAUAGAAAUUUGAUGUAUAGAGAAAAGAAACUUGUCUAGACUAUAACACCACGGUCCAAUUUCAAUAAGCGGUUAUCAGAAACUAAUUAGGAAUUAUCUUGCUCAGCAAUUAUCUUGGCUCAUUGAAAAUAUUAGCGGCGUAGCAGUUGUUACAAUGUUAACGUAAUGGUUGUCUGUCUGGUAAUUUGUUUGUGCUAAGCAAGAUUUUGUUGUACUUAGUAAGUCUUUGUGCUGACAGGCUUUAUGAAAUUGGGGCCCUGUUUGUAGCGACAUUGAGGCCAUUGUUAUGGAAAGGUGGUACCUGGGUAUUUGGCUAUAAAGUCUAUUUUUAGUAUUGUAUCCUAUUCAUCGAAUGGGGAUGUUGUGUAAGUAUAGAUUUAAUUACGGGAACCUUACUAAUUUGACCGAAUGUUAUUAGUCAAUUUAUGUCAAAAUUUCUUCAUCCAAUUUGUGGGGAAUAAAUUAUUAUUGUUUUCUUUUCUUAAUAGGUCGUUAAAGGGGAGAUUGUAUGCAACUGCAUGCAUCACAUUUUGCAUUGAACAAUUUAAAUGUUUAUCUAAAAUAAAAAUCAGCACCGGGAUCAAGUUUCAUAAAUCUAGCCGUGCUAGCAGCAAGUAAUAUUUUCUGCCAUAAAAACACAAAAAACACACCCUGUCUAAAUCAUGUCAACCUUAACCCUAACUCAAGUAACCAACAACACAAACGCCAACACCUUGACCCUAAAAACCAACCCACCCUAAUCUCGCUAACCAACUCCAAACCCAAAUACAACCUGUACCUCAAUAAGGUUAAGACAUUUCUUUUUAAACUGGAUUUUGUUUUGUUCUGCUGCGUACUUAAUGUUA